UGGCUAUUAUAUCAAUAGAUAUUGUUUGAUCGUCUCAUUUCCAACGAUUACAGCAACUUCUAUUUAUUACGAUCUAAAGCGUACUCGUUUGUGGAAAGAACAACAGUUAUUGGAGAAGCAACAGAAUAAUUAAAAAGUAAACUAAUCAACAUGAUAACUUUUAAAUAUCUGUUAAACGUUUAUUAUCCACUUAUUCUUCCAAUAACUGGUUUUAUAAUUGGAAGUUACUUAGACAACCAAGAAGAUUUAAGAUUAACUAAAUUCAGAGAUAAAUCUGCUUUAUAUGGGAGAGAACUAGCACCUGGAGAAUCACAUUCAUGGCCAUAAUUAAAUUGCAAAAUGAAUAUAUUUAAUGAAAAUAUGUAUUAAAAUUAAAACCUGUUAAUCUAUGUAGACAACUUAAAAUAUAGAUUUAAAGUUAUCUCUU